AUGGAGGACACUUACAAUAACAGGACUUCCCUGGUUAAAGGGGCCAAGGGCAUGGUCAAGGAAGCUAAGCGGCAUGCAGCAAAGAAAGUCAACAAGGUGGUGGACCGUGCCACAGAUGAGUAUUCAUCCCAGCGCAACUAUACCCGAUUUGAGGAUGAGGCGGAUGAAGAUGAGGAUUUCUACAGGAACCCCCCUAGGCAGGAUGGAGAGGGCUACAAUGACAAUGAGGAGGGCUCCAGUGAUGCCACGGAGGGCCAUGAUGAUGAGGAUGAGAUCUAUGAGGGCGAGUACCAGGGGAUCCCCUCUGCGGGAGAUAGGAAGCAUAAGGAGGGCCAGGUGGCACUGGGGCAACCGAUGUCAGACGCAACAAGGGACCGUAAGGAGCUGGAGCAGGAGAGACAGGCUGAUGAGGAGGAGCUGGCCCAACAAUAUGAGCUGAUCAUCCAAGAGUGCGGCCAUGGGAGGUUCCAGUGGCAGCUGUUCCUGGUGCUUGGGCUGGCUCUCAUGUCAGAUGGAGUGGAGGUGUUCGUGGUGGGCUUUGUGCUUCCCAGCGCAGAGACAGACAUGUGUGUACCCAACUCCAGCUCGGGAUGGCUAGGCAGUGUUGUAUACUUGGGGAUGAUGGUUGGAGCGUUCUUUUGGGGAGGGAUGUCUGACAAAGUGGGCCGUAGACAGUGCCUCCUCAUUUGCAUGUCCACAAACGGCUUCUUCGCCUUCCUGUCAUCGUUUGUCCAGGGAUACGGCCUCUUCCUUGUUUGCCGUCUCGUCGCUGGCUUUGGGAUAGGAGGUGCUGUGCCCAUCGUUUUCUCCUUCUUUGCAGAGGUGUUAUCCAGAGAGAAAAGAGGCGAACACCUCAGCUGGCUGUGUAUGUUCUGGAUGAUUGGUGAGAUUUAUGCAUCUGCCAUGGCCUGGGCCAUCAUACCACACUAUGGAUGGAGUUUCAGUAUGGGCUCAGCAUACCAGUUUCACAGUUGGAGGGUGUUUGUGGUCGUCUGUGCCCUGCCCUGUGUGUGCGCUGUGGUGGCGCUUACCUUCAUGCCCGAAAGUCCUAGAUUUUACCUUGAGGUGGGGAAGCACGAUGAAGCCUGGAUGAUCCUCAAACAGAUCCACGACACCAACAUGAGAGCGCGUGGGCAACCGGAGAAAGUCUUCACUGUAAAUAGAAUCAAGACCCCAAAGCAGCUAGAUGAACUGGUGGAAAUGGAAUCAGAGUCCGGAAAUCCAGUUUCCAAGGCUUUCUUUCGGAUAAAGGCUGAAGUACAUGGGAUCUACAUAAAUCUCAUGAAGUGUUUCAACUACCCUAUGCGAGAAAACAUGAUACGGCUGGCCAUAGUGUGGUUCACACUGUCAUUCGGGUAUUACGGCCUGUCAGUUUGGUUCCCUGAUGUCAUCAAACACCUUCAGGCAGAUGACUAUGCCUCUAAAGUAAAGAUCCACAACAAUGAACGCAUCGAAGACUUCACCUUCAACUUCACACUGGAGAAUCAGAUCCACAAAAAUGGCCUCUUCAUCAAUGAUCGAUUCAUCAGUAUGAAGCUGAAGUCCGUCACUUUUAUUGACUCAACCUUUCGUAACUGCUUCUUUGAUGAUGUUACAUCGGUGGGCUCAUUCUUCCGUAACUGUACUUUCAUUGAAGCAUUCUUCUUUAACACAGACAUCGAUGACUCCAAGUUGAUCGAUGGCACAGAGGUGAUCAACAGCACUUUCACCCACAACAAGACAGGAUGCCAGAUGACGUUUGAUCAUGACUACAGUGCCUACUGGGUUUACUUUAUCAAUUUUCUGGGGACUCUAGCUGUUCUGCCUGGCAAUAUUGUGUCUGCCCUUCUCAUGGACAAAAUUGGGCGUCUGUCCAUGUUAGGUGGCUCCAUGGUCCUGUCAGGCAUCAGCUGUUUCUUCUUGUGGUUUGGCACCAGUGAGUCCAUGAUGAUUUUCAUGUUGUGCCUUUACAAUGGCUUGAGCAUCUCUGCCUGGAACUCCCUGGAUGUGGUCACAACUGAGUCCUUCCCUACUGUUAGGAGAGGGACCGGCUUUGGGUUCUGCAAUGCUCUGUGCAAGUUGGCUGCAGUCUUGGGGAAUCUAAUAUUUGGUUCCCUUGUUGGCAUCACGAAGGCCAUCCCCAUCCUCAUGGCCUCAUCCGUGCUUGUGGGGGGAGGCCUAGUGGGUCUCCGGUUGCCUGACACCAGGGCGAAUGUCCUCAUGUAA